AUGACGGCUACAAUAAGCUCUGAGUAUUCCAAUGAGAUCGAACAUGUUCCCAUUGAACACAGAUUCAAUCCUUAUGAUGAUAAUGGUGGAACCAUUCUAGGUAUUGCUGGUGAAGAUUUUGCAGUUAUUGCAGGGGAUACUAGACAUACUACGGGUUAUUCCAUUAAUUCUCGUAAUGAGCCGAAGGUUUUUGACUGUGGAGACAAUAUUUUAAUCUCUGCAAAUGGAUUUGCUGCUGAUGGGGAUGCUUUGGUGAAGAAAUUUAAGAACAACUUGAAGUGGUAUCAUUUUGAUCACAACAACAAAAAGAUGACUUUGAAGUCGGCUGCUAGGAAUAUCCAACAUCUGCUAUAUGGGAAGAGAAUGUUUCCGUACUAUGUACACACGAUUAUUGCAGGGCUUGAUGAAGACGGCAAAGGAGCUGUGUACUCGUUUGACCCAGUUGGGUCAUACGAAAGGGAACAGUGCAGAGCUGGUGGUGCUGCUGCAUCAAUUAUCAUGCCAUUUUUAGACAAUCAAGUCAAUUUUAAGAAUCAAUACGAGCCAGAUUCCAAAGGCACUAAGCCAAAGAGUAUACGGUUCUUGUCGCUUGAUGAGGUAAUCGAAUUGGUCAGGGAUGCUUUUACUUCCGCUACCGAAAGACAUAUUCAUGUCGGUGACAGUUUACAAAUCAUGAUUAUUACAAAAGAAGGUGUAAAAGAGGAAUAUCACAGUUUGAAAAAGGACUAG